GCUCCAGUCCUGGGAAGUGAUGGCUGCCAUCCUGGGAAGCGCUUCCCAGGAUCGAACUGAGGAAUGUUGAAAUGACCGAUGCCAUCGCCCGCAAGCAUGCGCACGACGUGGCCGAGCUCAUCUCAUGCUAUGCCGCCCCUUUGGUGCGGAGGGCAGCCCAGCAGGCGCCGCACGGCCGCGGCCGCCGGAGCCGCUUGCGACGGGCAAUUGACGCGUGCCGCUUCUUCGACGAUACGAGGGCGUCGCGGUUAGAUGAUCCGCGCGCCGAAGUGUGUUUGCGAGACGCGCGCGAGGCCCUCGAGGCCUUGUGUGAGGCGCUGCGCACGACCGAGCCGUGGGACGCGCUCGGCCGCCGCGUCCUGCGCGCGGCGGCGCAGGACCUGGACGUCCUCGAAGACAAAGCGUGGCGCACGAUUGCAGUAAAUGCUCUUACGACAGUCGUGAACGAAGUCGCGCCGCUGCCUCCAGUGCCAGUGGAAGACGACCUCGACGAGCUCGUGGUCGAGGAGGUGCCGGUCGAGCCGCCGCCGCCGCCGAAACUCGAACCGGCGAAACCUUCACCAAAACCUCCGAAGCCGGAGCCCGUCGCGUCCUACAACUGGGAGGACUCAUCAAAACACGUGACGCUGGCCGCAGACCUGACAAAGGACGCCAAUCUUACGAGCGCCGAGUUCACGUCUACGUCCUUCCGCGUCGUCGCCAAGUCUUGUGAAGGAGCGCGCGAGCUUUGUAUGACAAGCCUCUGGGCGGCGAUCAAUUCAUCAGAGAGCCGCGCGUCCGUCAACGGGGGCAAGCUCGUCGUCACACUGCGCAAGAAAGAAGAAGGCGCCUGGCCGCGGCUCACCAAGGGGGCCACAACGCCGGAACCUUCAGCAGACGAGGACCCGCUCAUGCGCCGCGCGGUCGAGGCCGACGCGCGAACUCUGCGAAAGCGCCGGGCGAUGAAUGAAGUGUUAGGUACGGAGGCCUGCGCCGCCGCCGAGGCCAUUUACAAGAUGCUGCGGGCGCGGGCGCCCUUUGCAAAGAUCGCGAGCGCUCUCAGCAAAGCGCCCGACAACGUCUGCGAGUGCCGCCUCCAGAGCCACGGUACUUUACUGCAUACGGCCUGCGACGAGCGCCGGAGCGACGUCGUCAAAGUGCUUUUGGGGACUUCGGACGUCGACGCGCGGAACGCGCGCCUCUUCACGCCGCUCCACCUCUGCGCGGGCGCGCUCGCGUCGCUGCCAAGGCCAUCCCCCAAGGAUGCGGAAACUGCGGCUUUAUGUGUCAACCUACUCAUAAAACACGGCGCUAACCCAAACCUCCUGGACGACGCCGGCCGCGCGCCACUCCACCUCGCGUGCCUCCAGACGGGCACUCUGAAAAUAGUGGAGGCGUUGAUCGAGGGUGGCGCGGACCCGACGCAACAAACGACGGACGGCUGGCUCGCCGUCGACGCGGCCCACACGGUCGGCGCGCUCACGGACGAGCUUAGAAGGCUCCUUACGAAAGCCGUCACCCUGAAGGCUCCCGAGGGCCAUGCUUUCGUGGAUGAUGUAGAUGACUAA